CUCCCUAUAGACCGCACUAACCAACCAGCGAACCAAAACAGUUUCUUAUACCGGUCCAAUCAGACUUCACGAGAAGUCACCCACACGAAGUCUGAUUAUAGUAGCCCACCCAACCAGAGAGCUGAUCAAACUUGGAAACCUGCUGGUUUUUUGUUUGUUAUUACAGGCAGCAGGAGAGACAGUGCUCCUUGCUAGGCGACGGAUCUAAUCAUUAACCUCGGUUAGUUUCCCCCUCAUCGGAGGAGCCUCUUGGAUGGAUAUAUCAUGGCUACGUUUGUCUGCAGGGUUCAGUUCUUAGACGAUACCGAUCCGUUCAACAGCACCAAUUUCCCGGAGCCGACCCGACCACCGCACUACACGUUCCGAGAAGAUAUCCCUCUGAUCAAUCAGAUAGCAGGAGUCCACCGGCUACUUAGAGCCCCGCAUAAGCUUGAUGACUGUGCGUUGCAGCUGUCCCAUAAUGGAACCUACUUGGACCUGGAGUCUUCUCUGUCUGAGCAGAGGGACGAGCUGGAGGGAUUCCAGGAGGACAUACCAGGGACCAGAGGGAAGAAGCAUAGUGUUGUCUUACGUACCCAGCUGACUGUUCGAGUACAUGCUUGUAUCGAAAAACUCUACAACUCCAAUGGACGUGACUUGAGGAGGGCUCUCUUCUCUCUCAAGCAGAUUUUUCAGGAUGAUAAGGAUCUGGUCCAUGAGUUUGUGAUGGCAGAGGGUCUGACCUGUCUCAUCAAGGUUGGAGCAGAGGCCGACCAGAACUACCAGAAUUACAUCCUUAGAGCUCUGGGACAGAUCAUGCUGUAUGUGGAUGGGAUGAAUGGAGUCAUCUGUCACAUUGAGACCGUCCAGUGGCUCUACGCUCUCAUUGGCUCAAAGUUCCGCCUGGUGGUGAAGACUGCUCUGAAGUUGUUGCUGGUGUUUGUGGAAUACUCAGAGUCCAACGCCUCUCUGCUUAUAGAGGCCGUCACUACUGUAGACACCAAGAGAGGUUGUAAGCAGUGGUCUAAUGCCAUGGAGAUCUUAGAUGAGAAGGAUGGAGUGGACACCGAGCUGCUGGUGUACGGUAUGACCCUCAUCAACAAGACCUUGUCAGCGUUACCUGACCAGGACUCCUUCUAUGACAUGGUGGAUGGGUUGGAGGACCAGAGGAUGGAGGCUGUAGCUAAGAGGUUCCUGGGGAGGAGAGGAACUGACCUGGACCUGAUGGAGCAACUCAAUAUCUAUGAGGCGACUCUACGACAUGAGGAUGGCGAUGAUGAAUCUAAUCCGCCCAUAGGGCUCUCUGGCCUCAAGGACCGCCGCCGCGCCAGCUUCGGGGACAAGAGGAGGGGCCUGGAGAGGAGGCGGAGCCGCAGAGCAUCUCUCGGGCGGUCUGGGAACGCCUCGCCCUGCAGCCCGUCCACUCAACACCCCGGGUUCCAACCCUUCAAGGGACAAGGAGGAGAAGACAUGAGCAAGAGAACAUCGACACAGAACCAGUCAGCCAGCGUUCACAGAACCAACUGCAUCACUUCCUCCAACUGCAUCACUUCCUCCAACUGCAUCACUUCCUCCAACUGCAUCACUUUGAGAAAAAAUAAAGAAAUUAAAGAGAGCGAACAGGAGGAAGAGAAGAGGAAGAAAAGCCAUCCUCCUCCUCCUCCUCCUCCUCCUCCUCCUCCUGUCUCUCUGCCAUCCCCACUAGUUACCCUGACUCCUCCUCCUGUCUCUCUGCCGUCCCCACUGGUUACCCUGACUCCUCCUCCUCCUCCUGUCUCUCUGCCGUCCCCACUGGUUACCCUGACUCCUCCUCCUCCUGUCUCUCUGCCGUCCCCACUGGCAACCCUGACUCCUCCUCCUCCUCCUCCUCCUGUCUCUCUGCCGUCCCCACUGGCAACCCUGACUCCUCCUCCUCCUGUCUCUCUGCCGUCCCCACUGGCUACCCUGACUCCUCCUCCCCCUCUGAUCGCCUCCCCCAUCUCCCCAUUGGCCCAGCCCUCUCAGCUGACAGCUCUCCUCGCUAGGCGUAAGUCCACUGUCACCAUCCCUGCUACCACUGAAGUUACCAUGCGGGGUAUAAACCGCCCCUCCCCUGAGCGCAUGCCCUACCUCCCCCACUCUCCCUUCCAUCUCUUCUCCUACGACUUCGAUGAGGAACCGAUACUACCCGCAACUAAACCGGAAGUGGACUCUGCUGCUGCCAGAACUGGAGUUCAAAGUCCUGUCACACCAGCAAAUAAGUCUUCUCUGGGUGGUCUCCUCUCCUCCUCCUACAGACAGCAUCAGGAGUCCCUGUCGGCCGAGAGAGAGAGACGUCGGGCAGAGAGAGAGGAAAGACUACAGAGGAUAGAGAGAGAGGAGAGGAACAAACACAGUCGAGACUAUGUGGACAAAAUGGAAGAGGCCAGGAUGGCACGGGAUGAGAGGUAUAAGCACGUGGAACGCUUGGCUGCAGAGGAGUUUGAGAGGGACCGCGUGCCCAGGUCACGCCCCGACCUGAGUUUGACCUUUAACCCAGUGGAAGCCUGGGCCCCCACCUCGUCCCGCAGCACCACCCCCUCCUCCCUGGCGUCUCAGGAUGAGGAACAGGAGGAACCAGAGGAACCAGACACAGAAACUGAUCUAGAACUAGAGGAGCCUGAGACCCCUGUUACACCAUACACACCCUCGGUGACUGAACAACUGAAGCCAGAGGACUUCACUGCCUGUCUAGAAGAGAAGGAGGCAGAAGAGUUAGAAGAGGAAAGAGAAGAGCAGGAAACAGAGGAAGUAAAGGAAGAAACAAAAGCAGGUAAAGAGGGAGAAGAAGAAGAGGUGCGAGAGGAGGAAGAGGUUUUAACAUCGCCGGAGAAGGAAGAGGAGAGGGAGGACGGCGAGGAGGACAGUGGCAUUCUGAGCGACAAGGAACGACAGAAUGAAGAAGUGAACGAGAAAGACAACUGCUCGGCCUCCAGUAUCUCCUCUGCCAGCAGUACCCUGGAAAGAGAGGAGAGGGGGAGCAAUGAGAACGGUCCGUGGACCCAGAGUGUUAAGGAGGUGGAUGUGAAUGAACAGUGCAGCAAAAUCCUCAACAGCAAACGUUUCAUGCUAGACAUGCUCUACUCCCAGAACAAGGAACCCUGCGAGGAGGAGGAGGAGGAGAGGGGGAAGGAAAAAGGAGUAGGUGGAAAGGCCAACCAGGAAGCCGUCCAACCGUCUGACGAGGGAGAGGAGAACACCCGGAAAACCGACUUCCCGGAAAAAAAGGACUCGAACGUCAGAGUGUUCGCUGAACGUUUCGGGGAUCUGGUAAAAGGACUCGGCUCGCCUCCCACCCCCCUCAAUAGCCCCUCUCAUGAGGCCGCCGUUGUAGAACAAGAGAAGCCCCCUCCACCUCCCCCUAAGAAGGAGUCAGAUACCAUCUGGGACCAACUCCUGGCCAGUCCUAGGGAGCUGCGCAUCGGAGACAUCGACUUCACAGACCUGAAAGAGGAAGACGAUGAAGACAUUCUGGCUGCCGGUCUGAUGGGGGGUUCAGACUCCCUGUGUCCCCCUCCUCCCCCACCCCCUAACCCUUACCUCCCAUCCUGCCCCCCACCCCUGUUGGGUUGUCCACCACCACCCCCAAUGCCAGGGACGAGAAGCAUGCCUCCUCCGCCCCCCUUCUGCUCCGCGGCCCCCGCCCCUCCUUCAGAACCAGUCCAGAAGAGUAAGAAGACGAUCCGGUUGUUCUGGAGUGAGGUGCGUCCGUCAGACUACCAGUACAUUAGCAGCAGGAGCAGUGGAGACUCUCUGUGGUUCAAACUAGAGCCGGUUAAGAUAGACACGUCCAAACUAGAACACCUCUUCCAGACCAAGUCCAAGGAGAUACCUGUCACCAAGAAAACGGCAGCGGACGGUAAACGCCAGGAGAUCAUCGUUCUGGACUCCAAGAGGAGUAACGCCAUCAACAUCGGACUGACCGUCCUGCCUCCUCCUCGCACCAUCAAGACCGCCAUUCUCAACUUUGAUGAGUACGCACUCAACAAGGAGGGCAUCGAGAAAAUCUUGACGAUGAUCCCUUCGGAGGAGGAGAAGCAGAAGAUACAGGAAGCUCAGCUGGCCAAUCCGGACGUCCCCCUGGGCUCAGCAGAACAGUUCCUCCUCACCCUGUCCUCCAUCAGCGAACUGUCAGCCAGACUACAGCUCUGGGCCUUCAAGAUGGACUACGAGGCUACAGAGAAGGAAGUGGCAGAGCCGCUGCAGGAUGUGAAGGAAGGGAUGGAGCAGCUGGAGAAGAACAAGACUCUGCGCUACAUCCUGUCUACGCUGCUCGCUAUAGGAAACUUCCUCAACGGCACCAAUGCCAAAGGCUUUGAGUUGAGUUACCUGGAGAAGGUUCCUGAGGUGAAGGACACAGUUCAUAAACAGUCUCUGCUGCACCAUGCCUGUUCCAUCGUGGUGGACCACUACCCUCAGAGUACUGACCUUUACUCUGAGAUAGGAGCUAUCACACGCUCUGCCAAGGUGGACUUUGACCAGCUGCAGGACAACCUGACCAUGAUGGAGCGCCGUUGCAAAGCAUCCUGGGACCAUCUGAAGGUGAUGGCCAAGCAUGAGAUGAAGCCCACGCUGAAACAGAAGAUGUCUGACUUCCUGAAGGACUGUGCUGAGAGAAUCAUUAUCCUGAAGAUAGUGCACCGCAGGAUUAUCAACAGGUUCCAUGCGUUCCUGCUGUACCUGGGCCACCCAGCCUACGGCGUGAGGGAGAUCAGUGUCCACCGGUUCAGUAAGAUCCUCAGUGAGUUUGCUCUGGAGUACCGGACCACGCGCGACCGGGUCCUGCAGCAGAAACAGAAACGGGCCGACCACCGGGAACGCAACAAGACCCGCGGGAAGAUGAUCAUGGACGUCAACGCACCCGUGAGUACACACACACACACAUACACACACACGCACACACACACACACACACACACACCUCUUCAGUCACGCUGGGGGAGGAGCUGCUGCGACAGCUAA